AUGGCGCCAAACUUCAAGCAGUGCGCAGCCGACUACCUUGCUCAGCCGCCCAACCCUAUGUAUAUGUGGAAGGGACCCGUGAAGGUUAUCCCUCCAAAUCCGGCCACUCAAAUCUCGUAUCAAGGCUGCCUUGCCUUGUGUGGGCAUGGCAUUGACUGGUACGGGUGGGACCAGGCAUCUCAGACAAUAACAACGUGGAUUCUGCCAAUUGUGGGCAUAUUGCUGCAGGCGCCCUUCGAGAGCAAUGCGUUCUGGCAAACCGUCUUGGCCAUUGCUCGAUGGGUGGGCAGCCCAAUGAGCUCGCUGAGCUACACACUGUGGAACAUCUCUGUGUCCGGCAAAUGUGCUCUGAUGGUUGACAUGGCCGUCGGUUAUCGCCCCCUCUUCGCGUCGACGCAAGAGACCGAGGACUUCAACAACAUCCGCGACUCCUUCUACAUACUCAUGGUAAUGAAUCAAUUCGAGGCCAAGCCCCUCCCGCACAUGAAAAGAGAAGCCGAAGGCCUGCUAAGAAUUGUCCUUUUCAGUAAAGACCUUCGUCUCAUUGAGUAUGAGGGCAGGACGCAAAUCAAGCAAAAGAAUCUCGCUGCCAAGAGACAGGAUCUCGCUGAGGCAUUGCGGAGGCGAAGGCGGCGCGGUGUUGUCCCUGUCUUUGUCUCGACAUUGUGGUUUUUGUUUUCUUUGGCUCUCUCCAUUCAAUCCGCCUUUGGCCUGGUUGGAGAGAACGCGACGGCUCAUGACCUCGCGUUGGGCCUACUGCUUAGCUGGCUGCCUAUCCUAGUUCUGUGCAGUAUUGUGGAUCGUAACCCACUGUCCGCGGACGAUGUUCAGUCCAAGCUCAACGCUCUAAUCAGCCUUGUGUGCAGAUCUCUACAAGAUAAGGCCAUUGUCGACGAAUACAUUCAGUCUUACUGCACAGGUCAAGAUGCGGAUGAGAUGCGCCAACGUGUUCGAGAUAUCGUUGGCUGCAUCCACCAUCUGGACAAUGGCAACUUCUUCGUCAGGUUCGCCGGACAGGGAAGGGUCCGGUGGCACUAUGGAGUGGCACAUCCUAUCCUUUCGGACCUGGAGAAUGUCUGGAUCGCUAAUCAUGGGCGUGACUGGAUGCGCAACGAGUUUGAGGCUCGUAAUAAGCUCGUACUCGGCUCUACGGACCGAGGUCUAUUCUGGUUUGACUGGAGACAGCUGUGGCACAUCACCAGCGCGGUUAUCAUUGUAGCCGGCUCAUCUCUUGGUGCCUAUAUUCUCUCGUACUACACGCCAACAGUAGGCCUAGGCUGCCGCAGUCUUGGAUACCUCGUGUUUUCUGUCAUCUCGCUUGGUCUACUCAUUUUAGAAUUCAUCAUCUGGCGAUGGACGUCCGAGGAGCGCGAGGAAUACAAUGCGCAACGACCGCCGCGAGAACGACGAGUAACAUUCGACGUCCUUGGCGGCGAACGCGUGCGCAGGGCUUCAAUGUUCACUGUAAAGCAGACGGGACGAUGGCUUGAAGGACCCGUCGACACCAUCGAACAGCUUUUGAAGGUGUGGAUCCCGAGAAUAUUCUCGUCCACGUACAUCGGUGACCGGCGUCAUCGGAGAGAAUAUCUUCAGAGGUCCGUUGACCAUACCUUUCAGCAAAUGCGUCAUUGGUCUGCGAGGCAGUGGUGGAAUGUUCUAUUUUUCAUCCCUGCCGAGCUCAUCAACACAGGCUGGCUCUGCAAGAUAGUUUUAUCGCAGACCUUUGGAGCAUAUCAAAACUGCUGGUGCCAGACAAGCCAGUACUCUCCUGGGGGUGGCUAUAUGGAUCUAUCUAUGGUGCUUAACGCGCAGCUCAAAUACGUUAUGUGGAGCUGGGUGACCGGAACGGUUAUAAGCGGCACGAUUCUAAGCGCCGGUCUUGCAUAUGUGGUGACCGAGUGGUGUUUGCAAUCACACCUCUCGACGCUAGAUCGCGACGCCGCUCGCGAAGGCUUGCAACGCACACGAGCAUUUAGGAGAUAUACAUACUACGCACGCCAGCCACUCCAGUGGCUGGUUCUGCAAAUAAAUGGGCUCUGGUAUAUAUUCAAUCCGCCCGAGAGGAAACAAAAGACGCUCGUGUGGACGAAGGACAUCACAUGUCGUCAUCACCUGCAUUGCUGCAAAGAACGCACGCCUUGGAUUGCCUACGAAAUGCAGCGCGAUUCUCAAAUUCUGCCAGCAGCAGAGGGUUUCUUCUCGCGGCCUCGCUCGAGUACUGAUGCAGAUACGCGCGGCUUGCUUGCUAGCCCGCCGCUCCCACAUAUCGUAGAGCCGCCAGAUGACUGCGGCCGCGAUGAUUGUGAUGCUCCCACUCCAGCCCGGCACCGCAGCUAUUCAAAUGCGAGCUCUGAUAGGAUAUCAAUGGACAUUGCGCGCAAGCCAGUGCCCUUGUCGUACCUUGGCCGCGAAGAGGGUUUGGAGGUGCAUCCAUCCGUGCAGGCGAUGCCAGCUGCGGAAAGUCUGAGGCCAAGGCCAUCGCAUAUACGGCAAUUGAGCGACGAAGAUAUCCCUCGCGAUAACAAUAGAUCUGAAACGUGA